AUGGCUUUGUUCAAUAUUCUGUGUGAAAAUAAAGCAACUUACGAAUACCAGUAUACUCUGGCACUGCACAACGGUAAGUGCAGAGAUUCUAAUAUCUUAACAUCUAAAUUCCUGUCACAUAAGAGCAACGAUACUUAUGAUAAACUGUUAGACGCCAUGCUAAGAGACAUUUUAUUAGUUAAAAAUAAAACAGUUGCCAAUCUUUCUUAUUAAUUUUGUACUGGUACUCAAAAUAUGUCACAGUCAGUGGAUCAUGUCUAAUAUCAUUCCAUAGGUAAAGAAGGCUAUGAAGUAAGACUAAAGCUUGCCUUGGGCACACCUUUCAAGAAAUCGAUGAUUUAAAAGCAGAAGGAAUGUCAAUUGAUGGGGAACACUUUGAUGUUGAGUGGUAAACAAAACCCUCAGAUGCUAACAAAUAAUGACCUUAAAGGUGUUUACUGGUUAAUUCAUUUUUAAUAAUUUGUUUAUUAACAGGUAUUGUUCCGACUGGAAGUUUUUGGCCCUUUUUUAUGGACUAAAUGGAGCUAGCUCUAAAUACUUUAGUAUUUGGUGUUAUUGCUGCAAGGACCAAAUCAACAACCUUGAUAGUAAGUAGGGAGAAUUUCUACUUGAAAUUUUGUAUUUUAAUUUAAUUUUCAUCACAGAGCCAAUAACAACCAAGUCGAUAAUAGAAAUAUAUUAUGUGAAUAUUUUCCAGUUGAUGACUGGCCAAUCAAAAGAAAGCUAUCGGAGUGCACUGGGUUGUGCCAGCGAUCCACCACGGCUGCAAGGAAAGGCUGCACAAUGCCUCCGCUUCUUAACAUCCCUUUUGAGUUUGUUGUGGUGGAUACAUUACAUUUAUUUUUAAGAAUAAUAGGACUGCUAUUCCAUCAGGUGAACCUACAAGCAUCAUAUAAAGAAAUGCCAUUUUCUCAUGCAAACCCUUUUGAAAUUUUUGAAUGAGGGAACAGACACUUAUUAAUGUUGUGUUAUUUAUUGUCUCAAUAUAGGUUGUUAAGGUUGUUGCCAACAACGAUUGCCCUGACGUUCUGACAAAAGAAAUGGAGAGAAUUCAGGUACAAUUCAAGUUUUAUGAAGAGUACAACAAACUGGCAGAAAAAAAAACAAAG